GAAUAUUCAUUUACCUUUUCCAUGAAGUUUGCUUGUAUGCUCAAUUCCUGUGUCUCAUUUUCACAUCAACCAUGCAUAAAAAAGAGUAAGCUUAAGAAGUGAAAUCGAUAUUUUAGCUGAUUUCUCAAAUAUAAACCACUUCACAGCUAAUUGAUAUAGGUAUCUACGAUUAAAGUUGGAAAAAGUUACAUUAAUGUGUAUCUACCAGUUUGACUGCAGCUGCGGAGCCAACUACAUUGAGCGUACAAUUAGGCAAGUUCAUCGUCGUGUUUCCGAACAUCAUCCAACGUGGUUAAGCAAGGGACAAAAAGGAUCUAUUCGUAGUUCUAUUUUAGCCCACCUCGUUGAUACUGAGCAUAAGAUUGAUGUGAAUACUGCAUUUAAAAUUAUUUAUCGCAUUCCGACUUAUCUUUAUUUUACUCUGCGAGUUCGUCUUCUGCAGACAGCUGAAGCAAUCGGAAUUCACCUGAAGAAGCCAAGCCUGUGUGUGCAGAAAAAAUUUGUACAGCCACUUUCCCUACCGUGGCCACCGUCACAAGAAGCAUAAACAGGACUACGUUGCCCCCUCUCCCUAAACCUAUAAAAAUUAUAAUUGUCUAAAUUAUUUAUUUUAUUUUUAUUUAUGUUGACCACUUUGUCUUUAGUUACGUGUUAACCAUUUCUACCUUUUAAAUGUGUAUUGAUUUUCUUUGUUAAUUAA